AUGGGCCGUCACUCUUCCGGCACCCACUCUCCCUCCUCCCGCCGUCAACGGACCCACAGUAGCGUCUCUCCGCCGUCGCGAGACAAGCACGAGCGUUCUGGCCGCAGCGUAGCCAAGCCUGUUCGGACCGGUUCCGGUUCACCGGAUUCCCCUGCUCGCUCGCGCUCUCUGUCUCCGCGAACGAAGCGGUUGAAGAGAACUCAGACGGAGCGCGAGCAUCGUGAGAGUGAGAGGAGCCGUGGGAGUAGCAGAGGGAGAGGUUCGGAGAGGGACGCGGUUGAGCGGAGGGAGAAGAGGAGAACGGAGAACGACGGCGGUGGCGGUAGUGGUGGAAGGAGUAGCAAAUCGGAAAAGAGGACGGAGAACGAAGAUGGUGGUGGAAGGAGUAAUAAAUCUUCGCGGUCGAGGCACGAGAGGUCACCGGAGCUCGAGCGCAAUGGGAGGAGUCGGCAUAGGUCUCAAUCUCCACCACGUCAUCACGCCUCCUCUGGGAAUGCAAAGCCUCGUGAUGAGAUGAUAAACUCAAGAGGAGCUGAAGAAGAAAUGGAUGAGGAGAAUGAUUCUAUGAGCAAAAUGAAGGCUGCUGAGGAGGCUUUGGAAGAAAAACAGAAGCAAAAACCUUCAUUUGAGCUAUCUGGAAAUCUUGCAGCUGAAACAAAUCGAGUCAGAGGCAUUACAUUGUUAUUCAAUGAACCACCAGAGGCUCGAAAACCAGAUAUUAAAUGGAGGCUUUAUGUUUUCAAGGGUGGUGAAGUGCUAAAUGAGCCCCUUUACAUACAUCGCCAAAGUUGUUAUCUUUUUGGAAGGGAAAGAAGGGUUGCUGAUAUCCCUACAGAUCAUCCAUCUUGCAGCAAACAACAUGCUGUUAUUCAAUUCCGGCAAGUUGAAAAGGAGCAACCUGAUGGUACAUUAUUAAAACAAAUAAGGCCUUACAUUAUGGACCUUGGAAGCACAAACAAAACUUUAAUAAAUGAUACUCCCAUUGAACCUCAACGAUAUUACGAACUUAGGGAAAAGGACACCAUUAAGUUUGGUAAUAGUAGUCGAGAAUAUGUAUUAUUACAUGAGAAUUCUAUUGGGUAA